AUUAUCAAUGACAAGAACACUCGUUUUUCACCACUGAUAGAGCUACUACAUGAUAAACGCGUACUACAAGUUGAAGAUAAUUAUUAACGAUUGCUAAGUAGUAAUGUGUGUAAAAUAAAAUUCUUGUACAAUUUGCUAAAAUGAGAGUGAUCGAAUUCUUCAGUGGUAUUGGCGGGAUGCAUUUCGCUCUCAAAGGUAUUAUAUAAUAAUAAAUUAAUCAAAAAUGAUUUGGUGCAACAAUAUAUUGUUUUUCUCAGAAUGCGAUUUGAACAAUUUUGAAGUCGUAUUGGCUGCAGAUGUGAACACCGUGGCCAACACGGUUUAUAGACAUUUUUUUCCGACCACUAACCUUAAGGAUUUGAACAUAUUGUCACUUACCACUGAGCAGUUCGACGCUUACUGUCCAGACGUGCUGUUAAUGAGUCCACCGUGUCAACCGUUCACAAGGCGAGAUCAUUGAAAUCAUUUGUACCAAAAUCUAAAAAGAUGUUCGUAUAAUCAAAUUAAUUGAAUACUUAUAUUGAUUUUUAUUUUUUUCACAUAUUUAGAAAUGGUCUCGUCAAAGACAUAGAUGAUGAGAGAACCAAACCACUCUUACAUAUUAUUGAAAACAUAAUCCCAAAAUCACAGUCUUUGAAAUAUAUUCUAGUUGAAAAUGUUAAAGGUUUUGAAUGUUCAUUGGCUAGAGAAAAAUUGAUUUCUGCUUUGAAUCAGUCCAAUUUCACAUAUAGAGAAUUUCUACUUAGUCCAAUACAUUUUGGCAUAUGCAACUCUAGAUUGAGAUACUAUUUGUUGGCCAAAAAAAAACCAUUGGAUUUUAUUAUUCCCUUGACAAACAAUAUAGUAAGUUUAUUUUCAAGUAAUAAAUAUCACAUUGGUAACAUUUGUGAAAAAUAAAUUAAAUUACUCAAACAGACUAGCAGUCAAAUACCAAAGCUAAAGAUAGAAAAUUAAACUUUGUUAUUAACUUAUUACCAUUCAUGUCCAAAAAAUGCCAUACUUGUAAUAUAUAUUAUCUUUUUUAAAUAUUUGCCAUACUAGGGUCGUACAACUUUUAAAAUUAUUAUAUUCAUUGUUUUCCUAAUAAAUGCCAGAUUAAUUGAUUGCAAUUUAAUUGUACUACCAAUUACAAAAUUGAAUAAUUUUAACUUUUAAACAUAAUAUAUAAUUUUUAUAGAUUAGUAAAAAAUUAAAUUUAAAAAUAUUUUAUCAUAGAAGUCAAGUAGUUUAAUAGUAUAGAUUUUAUGAAAUUUUCAAUAUUAGUGUAUAUAACAUGUUUUAAAAGAUAUUUUUUGAAACAUAAAAAAAAAAUGGAAAUUCAUUAACUACAUGACAUUAACAUAAUAUUUUCUGAUACAAUUAUUAAUUUUUUUUAUUUAUAGAUAACUGAAAAUCAUUGGGAUGAUAAAUUAUGUGAUCGUGUAACACAAGUUUCAGAUGUACUAUGUAAUCCUGAUACAGACCUGAAAGAAUAUUUGUUAAGCGACAAACAACUGUUAAAAGGCUGUAAAGCAGUGGACAUUGUCACUAAAUCGAGUAAAAGAUCGUGUUGUUUCACUCGUUCGUACAGUUCAUAUUUGUGUGGUACUGGGUCUGUGUACUCGAAUUUGUGUGACGAAGAAAAUAUUAAACAAAUAAUUAAUGAAAACGAUGACAAUUUAGAAGUACUGAAAAGUCUGAAAUUGAGAUUUUUUACCCCAACAGAGAUUUCAAAAUUUAUGUGUAUUCCUAUAUCUGAUUUUCCAGUUAGUAAUAAAAAAGCAUACCAACUCCUUGGGAAUAGUUUAAAUGUUUAUGUUGUUUCUCGAUUAUUGUGUUUAUUAUUUAAUUAACUGUACAAAAUGUGAGUAAUAUUAAUUUUAUAUAUAAGGUGCAUUAUCUUAUUAUAUUUUAUUGCAUAUAUAUAUAGAGAGAGAGAAAAAUAAUAGAUUA